AUGGCUGCUUCCCAUCGCUGCUGGGCCGCUGGAGCUCCUGGAUCAAUCAGGGACUUUGCGGUGUCCCUGAGAUCGACAGGACGUGCUCUUUCUACUUACCGUCUCUUCGGGACGGUUCAGGUCCACUGGGACCAUCCGGUUUCAGGGGUAUGCAUCCACUUGAUGCUGCAGUCUCCUGAGCAACACAAGCUUCUCGGCUCCUGCUCUCGCCGUGCUGGAGACUGGGUCAUGGCACCGAAGUGCGGGGCGUCUCUGUCCCCCGGCACGCUCUGUCUGGCCGCUGCGCUCAAUGGGCUACUCAGCUUCGGCUUCUUGGCCGCGGCCAUCGGCACCGACUACUGGUACUUGAUCCACGUGGACGGGGCUGGGCGCAACGGCAGCGGCGCUCGGGAUGGCGAGGAAUUGAGUUCUCACUCGGGGCUCUGGCGACUCUGCGAAGGACAAAAUGCCUGUAUGCCCCUGAUCGACCCCUUUGGCGCAGAGAGUUGGCUGGUGCCAGCAUCACUCCAGCAUCUUAUCAACAUGCAUCGAGCUUUCAUGAUCUUGCUGCCACUCAGCCUCAUCUUGAUUAUUUUUGGCUGGAUCUGUGGGAUCGUUGGCUCCUUGGCCCAGAUUUCCUGGCUUCUGCUCUUCACAGGCUGCUAUUUUCUGUUGGGUGCACUCCUGACUCUGUCAGGGACAAGCACCUACAUCUGUUACUCCAAAGCCGCAUUCGUUGAGACAGAAAUGCUGAUGCUCAUGCCCUGCUCUGGUGUAAACACAGCACGCACAGAUAGACUGUGA